GCUCGUCACGCGGACGGCUCGGUCCUGCUAUAAAGUGCUCCCGCUCAAAGCCCGCCCAGCCGCCCCCCUCGGAAGAAGGAGCGACGGCGGUGGUUGCCGCCGCUGUAGUUGAUCGGAGGGAAGCCGAGGCCCGGCCGGCGCGAAGGGAGCCGGCAAGAUGUUUUACUCGGGGCUGCUGACCGAUAGGAAGGACAUGGACGUGAGGGAAGCCGCAGCCCUCCGACAGCAGAGGAGGAUGAAGCAGGCCGUUCAGUUCAACCACAAGGACUCCGCCGACCUGCUGCCCUUGGACGGGCUGAAAAAACUGGGAACUUCCAAAGAUACUCAACCACACAACAUUUUGCAGAGACGCCUCAUGGAAACAAAUAUGUCACGAUUGCGGCACAGCCGAGGGACGUGCUCUCAGAAAAACGAUCCCUCAGCUCAGACAAAUAAACUGAAUCAAAUGAAACUGGACAGUCCCCCCAAGACAGAGGAAGAGGACCUCAUUGUCAUCUGCUGUCAGUGUAAUGGGAAGGAAUUGCAAAUUGUGGUUGAUACUGGAUGCCAACGCAAUAUAAUUUCUUCUGCGUGUCUGGAGAGAUUAGGGCUAAAAGAGCAUAUGAAAACCUGCAAAGCAGAAGGUGAGAAGAUUUCAUUGCCACAUAAUAUGAAAGCGAUUGGUCAUCUGGAACAUCUGCCUCUUAUAAUGGGGACUGUCCAUGUAGAUUGUUCUGCAGUUGUUGUGGCCGAAGGUAAUGAGAAAAGCUGCUCCCUGGGAUUACAAACACUGAAAUAUUUGAAGUGUGUGAUAAACUUGGAGAAACAAAAUCUGAUCCUGGGGAAAACAGACAAGGAAGAAAUUCCUUUUGUCAAUAAUGCUUCUAUUCAUGAAGAGAAUUAUUUCCUAGGGCACAUCCUCAUGGCAGCCACCUGCGCUCCUGGUUCAGUGCUGUAGCACACAACUGGAAGCCUGGGAAGUGUCCCUGGAAAAGGCAGCACCGCUGAGGCAUGAAGAGAAUAUAAUGCUGACUUUGGAGAAAGAGAAAUACUGUCUGGUUGAAUAAGAAGAUGUCAAUACCAAUAAUUUCAACCUGCUAGACUACAGCUAGACUGUAGCUAAAUGAAACAACAUAUAUUUUUCAGGAGUUUAGGAUAGAAUCAGACUUUCAUUUAUCAUAUUGAAAAUCUGGGUUAUGAUCGGUAAAUGGACAUUUAAGUCCAGUUUUAGAAAUGUUGUUCUCGGUAUAGCCAUCCAAGUAUGAAAAUAUUUAUUUUUCCAGACUCUACUGAAAUCUAAUUUUUGUUACAAAUUUUUGCUUCCUGCAAAAUUGGGGUUGGGGAGAAGACAAUUUUGUAACUUUCUUUUUGGAACCAGUUAUGUUUAGCUGCUAUGAAUAGUUUCUAUUAAUCAGCUUUACAGAGCAUACUUUUCAGUGGUUAACAGUGAAUUGUUUAACAUCAUUCUCUCAUCUGAGUAAUUCAAACAAGUUGUGGAGGAUUUUUUUUUAAUUCAAAGGAAUAUAGUUUGUAUAAUUGAUGGUAAUAAUACAAUUUGAUCUAAGGUUCUUAUUGAAUAGCAUUUUAAUUAUGGACAUUGUUCUUUGGGUGGAAAUGGAAAGAGGCACCAUUUUCACCAAUUUGCCCCGCCUCUUCUAAAUCCCAAAGAAUUGGUAGGCUUUCAAGACUAGUAUAUGAUUGAAAGGAGAAAGUGGGCCUUUAGGGAAGAAGGAAAAUCACCUCCCUAAUUUCUUCUAGUAGCAGAUUCAGAUUUCUUCCCACAAAUGAAAAGAACCCUUCUAUUCUUAGAAGGAUUACUUUGUCUUAAGUCCUGUGUAUUUUUCAAAUGUAUGUAUUUCUCAGAAUUUUCAGAACUUUCCUUCCAAAUGAAAUGUUGAUGUUAACAGAAAGAAGUUGGAAGCCAAAUUUUAUUUUUUUAAAUCACAAUACAGCCUUGAAGAGAAUUUCAGUAUCUGCUAGUUUUAAUGCUAAUAUUUACUAUAUGAAUAUAAUCAUACAUAAAUUUGGCUGCAUGGCAAUGUAUCAUUAAAUUUGAGAACUCAAUUACUCCCUUUUUUGCUUGCCUAGAUUUAAAUAUGGAUGCAUCAUUUUAAUGGCAAGAUACCUCAUCAUCUUAUCCAUCAUGAUUGUCCAUUUACUGCUAGUAAUGUAUUUUUUUCUGACACACUGACAUACUCAUACUUGCCAAAGAAUCUAAAAGUGUGUUUUAAGGCUGAUCCAGUCUCCUUGUUCAGAAUCUGUUUGAGCAUAGAUCAUAGCAAGAUAAAUAUGUGUAUGUAUUAAAUGUCACAGAAAGAGUCUUUCUAGGACAACAUAUUCAUUGUCUCUGUUUUUAGCCAUACUUUCUUUGGGCUUCUCACUAAUGGGUGACUACUAGAUUCUCAAUAAUAUCAACAAUUACCAAACAGUGUUAACCAUUUAAUAAUAUAUUCAGUUCUCUUUCUAACUUUCUCUUCGUAAUUUAAAAUUUCCAAGAAGGCUGUAAUGUGUGUGUGUGUGUGUGUGUGUGUGUGUGUGUGUGUGUGUGUGUAUGCAUGUACGUACAUUUCCAAAGUGACAUUUUCUUGUGUUUUGCUUUUGAAACAUCUAAUUAACUGUGAAUUAGAAUAAGUCUAUUGAGACUUUGCACACAGGAUGUUCACUUUCCAUUCAUCUUACGAUUCCACUACAAAUGAGGUGGUCUGCAAAUUGGAGUAUGCUGCAGCAAUCAUAAAACUGUGGCAGCCUGCACAUAGAAAUGCAUAGAGCUACUUAAUUACCUUCACACUAUUAUGACAAGAUGCAAGAUGAUCCUAAGAAUAUUUCUUGCUUGCGCACCAACUCAUGCAAACAAAGGUAUCAAGCAAUGUAUAUUGGGCAGCUGUUUUAACAUACAUUCACUAUUUAAGAAUAUUGGGAGCUGUUCUGUAGAUAAUCUUUCAUCACUAUUACUCUUCAAUCAAGAUAUUUCUCCUGAGCUUCUGUUCUUAGUACAGCUAAAGCCAUUAUAGCAAGAUUGAGUUGCUAUGAUUACUAGCCUUGAAUUCUAUGGGCCGUAUAGUUAGCAUCACAGAUAUGCUUCUAAUUAUAAUAUAUUAAAUGUUUUGCUGGAAAGGGGCUUCAGUAGAGUUGUGUGUGUGUCUCUAUGUGUGUCUGUGCCAAUAUCAAUAUAAUGGGAUGCAAAAACAGUUUAAAAUACAUUGCAUCCUUAUUAACUUAUUAAAUAAGGAUUUGUAUUGAAUAUGUAUUUACAUUGUUAAGAACUAUCAUUAAACCAAUGAAAGCACUGGAAGCUAUUUCUAAUGAAUGAUAGCCAACAUUUUUGGAGUUAGGUCCCUUUUUUAUAAUUUGAUUUAUUCAGUCUAUAUUUGAAGAGAAUAUGCUACAGUAUAGCUAAAAUGCAUCUACGUCUGGACCACCAAGUCCGUGUUUUAAUAAGAUAUAGUUUAGCUUCCUGCAAUUGGAUUGGCAACAUCUGUUCAGCAUUGUCUAUCACAUUAUUGACAAAGUACAAGUGCUUGGAAAUAUUUUUUUUUUUUUUGGUGUCUGUCAUUACUCUGGUUAGUAUUUAUAAUAUUUGUAUAUAUUUUUAAAAAAGAAAAAUUCUGUGUUUGCAAGAUGGACUGCACUAUGUAUAUCUCUGGUUUAAAAGAAAUAUAUAUUUGUUUAAGUAAUUAUGCUAUUGGUUUCAUGAAUUUAUUACUUGAGUGUUUAUUACUGUGCUGACAAACAUUAAAUAUAAUAAACUUCUAUUAAAGUAUA